GACGUCAUGCUUCUCUAAAUAGAACGUAUUGUAAUAUUUCCUCAGUCCAGCGUGGUUUCUUCUGAGCGACUGCUUCACAUUUUCUACACUUGUUGGUUUUAUGACAAGUUGUGAUGAACUCAGACCAGGAAAGGCCGUACAUUUGCAACGCUCCCGGCUGUUCUCAGCGAUUUCCCACUGAAGACCAUCUGAUGAUACAUCGACACAAACAUGAGAUGACCCUUAAGUUUCCCUCCAUAAAGAAUGACAACAUGUUAUCAGACCAGACGCCGACGCCAACGCGCUUCCUGAAGAACUGUGAGGAGGUGGGACUGUUCAGUGAGCUGGACUGCUCCAUCGAGCAGGAGUUUUGCAAGGCUCAGGAAGAAGAGGACUCAAAACAGAGCAUCUCUCUGCACGGCCCGGGGGGCCAAGGCCAACACCAGCAGGCCCACUCCAGAAUGGGCAACCAUGAUACCAGCAUAGUGAUCCAGCAGGCGCUACCCUCUCCUCAGUCCAGCUCCGUCAUCACUCAGGCUCCAUCCACUAAUAGACAGAUAGGGCCUGUCCCUGGCUCUCUGUCCUCACUGUUGCACCUACGAAACAGACAGAGACAGCCUCUGCCAGCCUCCAUGCCUGGAACGCUGCCAGACCCCACCAUGCCUGGCUCCUCUGCUGUACUGAUGCCCAUGGAGAGACAAAUGUCAAUGGCUGCCAACAUGAUGGGUAUGCAAGGUCCCGCCCACAGCAGCGUCUGUUCCUCCGCGCACAUUCCCUCCAUGCACUCAGAAGCCAAACUGAGGCUGAAAGCUGCACUUUCACACCACCCGGGCGCCAUCACCAAUGGAAACAUGAACUCCAUGGGCCACAUGAUGGAGAUGAUGUCGUCGCGGCAAGAGCAAGGCACCCACCAUCACAUGCACUCGCACUCGCACUCGCACUCUCAUCCGCACCAGCACAUGCAAGCACCUCCCCACGCAUACCAGCACCACGGCCAUCAUCACCACAGCCAGGGGCACGGCCAGGGCGGCCACCAUCACCCGCAGGCACACAAUGCCCAUCACAACUCCCAUAAUGCCCACCUCCAUUCCGGGCACCCCCACCAGACCUCGCCACACCCUGCAAUGCACUCCGCUUCACAGAUGUCUCCCGCCACACAGCAGAUGCAGCCCACGCAGACGCUGCAGUCUCCGCCCCCUAGCGGCGGCCGACGCAGGAGGGUAGCGGACGAGGACCCGGACGAACGUCGGCGGAAGUUUCUGGAACGGAACCGAGCGGCGGCGACGCGAUGCAGGCAGAAGAGGAAAGUGUGGGUGAUGUCGUUAGAGAAGAAAGCAGAAGAACUCACACAGACCAACAUGCAGCUUCAGAAUGAAGUGACAAUGCUAAAGAACGAGGUGACCCAGCUCAAGCAGCUCCUCCUCACACACAAGGACUGUCCAAUCACCACUAUGCAAAAAGAGUCCCAAGGUUACCUCAGUCCGGAAAGUAGUCCAGCAGGAAGUCCAUCUCCAGCUUGCACGCAACAGCAGGUCAUCCAGCACAACACCAUCACCACCUCCACCACAACUAUAGGGGGCAGCGGCGUGCACGGACACGCCAACAGCCGAACAGACAUUAACGCCAUCCAUUAGGACCCCGACAGACUGUCAAGCCCUCGUGCUGGGACCAAACCCCCCCACUUCCCCUCCUCACACAUGCUUUGUACGGCUCCCCAUGCUACACACGUCAGCCAUCAAGAAGAACCUCAAGGGCCUCCAAGGCUGUUCUUUUUACAGUGCCACGGUGUGUAUUUUUAUAGUGCCUAUAACCUGCUCAUGUUUUAUGUUGUGUUGCAUCUUUACUAUUGCUUUUGUGGCGUUAGCUUGCAGCAAUACUCCCGCGGUGUGUUUUUGUAGCGGUACAAAGUGGACCAAAGUGUUCAUGAAACGAAAGGGAAAAGACUGGAGACAGUCAUCUCUUAAAGGGACUUACUUAUUAAAGCAUUCAGCACGUUCAGGGAGACAACUAAAACGUUCUUACAAGUGUUUAGUAGGACUUUGUACACUUUUUUUUAUUUUAUUUUGUAAAAAAAAAUAAAUGUAUUGGCAUUAAUUCAAACUGUCAACAAGAUACAACUUUAAAGGCAAUGUUCUAAUGAAUGUUUUAACUAGGGCUGUCAAAUAAUAAAAGCAUUUAAUCAGAUUAGUCACACAUUUGAAUUGUGAUUAAUCGUGAUUAAUCACAGUAAAUCACUUAUAUCAUAAUGUCAAUUAACUUUAAACAACACCAAUGUAAUUUCAUUGUCAGAAUAUCAUACAGGAUUUUUUUAAUGGUUUAUUUGAAUGCACUUCAUUUAUUUUAAUCUAAAGUAGCAUUUGAGUUUAUUUUUAAGUGGUUAACCCUCUGCGGUUAAGCUAAGGGAGCAUGUGUGGCCAAAAUAAAUUGGGUGAAUAAUAGAGGU